AAGGAAAGAAAAUGCAACAAAAAAUAAGCAUAUUCCUAAACGCUGUAGAGCGUAUUUUGAUUAUUGGAAGACCAAAUCGAGGAAUUCAGAAAAGGGAACCCCGUUCGUUCUUUCCGUUCCGUUUCGGUUCCCUUUUCUCUUCUUUCCGAUUGAAAUUCCUUUUACCUUCCCAAUUACCUCACAAUUCCUUUCCCUCUGAUCAAAAGAGGUUGGGUCGAUCGCUGAACGCAGAAGAUGGGGAUGAAACAAGUCAUUAAAAGCCUCGACGCGUUUCCACGCGCCGAGGAUCACUUGUUGCAGAAAACCCAAUCUGGGGCUCUUGUAUCCGUAAUUGGUUUGAUUAUAAUGGCCACAUUGUUUGUGCACGAGCUGGGUUAUUAUCUUACAACCUACACCGUUCACCAGAUGUCAGUGGACUUGAAGCGGGGGGAAACUCUUCCAAUUCAUAUUAACAUGACGUUCCCUUCUUUGCCUUGUGAUGUUUUGAGUGUAGACGCCAUUGACAUGUCGGGCAAGCACGAGGUGGAUCUUGAUACUAACAUAUGGAAACUUCGCUUGAACAUGGACGGCCAUAUAAUUGGCACUGAAUAUAUAUCCGAUCUUGUUGAAAAGGAGCAUACCCAUCAUAAGCAUGAUGAUCAUAAAGAUCAUGAUGAGCAUUCAGAACAGAAGAUUCAUUUGCAAAAUCUUGAUGAAUCUACGGAAAAUAUUAUCAAGAAAGUGAAGGAAGCAAUAAAAAAUGGGGAAGGAUGCCGGGUUUAUGGCGUUUUAGAUGUUCAAAGGGUUGCUGGAAAUUUCCAUAUUUCUGUACAUGGACUUAAUAUAUAUGUUGCACAAAUGAUCUUUGACGGAGCAAAGAAUGUGAAUGUUAGUCAUGUCAUCCAUGAUUUAUCAUUUGGCCCCAAAUAUCCAGGACUUCAAAACCCACUUGAUGACACAAAUAGGAUUCUGCAUGAUACCAGUGGAACAUUUAAAUAUUAUAUAAAGGUUGUUCCAACCGAAUAUAGAUAUAUCUCAAAAGAAGUUCUACCAACUAAUCAGUUCUCAGUAUCAGAAUAUUAUUCACCAAUUAAUCAGUAUGAUCGGACUUGGCCAGCUGUCUACUUUUUGUAUGAUCUAUCACCCAUUACUGUCACUAUCAAGGAAGAGCGCCGGAGUUUUCUCCAUUUUAUUACUCGGCUAUGUGCUGUGCUAGGUGGAACCUUUGCUGUGACAGGAAUGCUUGACCGUUGGAUGUACAGACUUAUUGAAGGUCUGACUAAAUCAAAGUCUAAACGGUAGAUCAUGAAAGCCAUUAUACGUCCUCAACCAAGGGAUUUCAGGCACUGUAUGGAAUUUACUGCCGCCAAUUAUUUAGAAAAUAUUGGUGGCACAGUUUAAUCAGGCAUGAGGUUUUAAACACGUGUUCAUACAGUUGCAUGUAUUGUCUGACAUCAAUGACUAGCUGAUCCGAUCCUUUUCUUUUUGGAUGAAUGUUUUGGGGUUCGAUUUGAGUGGUAGACAACAUUGUACAACAUAUUCUUAUCAAUCAAGCCUGUGGAAUUUACAUAGUAGAA